GGUGUUGCAGGGGGCUCUGAGGGUGCUAUAAUGGGAUAGGGAUGCUGCAGGCUCUGAGGAUGCUGCAAGACUGGGGAUGCUGUGGGGACCACCAGGACCCUUCGGCAUCGCUCACCCCAGCAACCCUACAAGGAGGGCACACAACCUGGCUCAGGGUGUUCAGACCUUCCUGCUUUCAGCAGCUGCUCUGGUUUGGGCUGUGGAGCUGGGAGGGCUUGUGGGGAGCUUGAACUCAUUCCAGAGGCACCAGGGGUGCGGGGGCAGCCGGGUGUGCUCUGUUUUGCUCUGCAUUCCCUGAUCUCUUCACUAAACAACGUUCCUUCUCCUCGGGGAUUAAAAGCCAUGUUUGCCUUAGAUAAAUUUUGCAUCAGGCCCAGCUUGUGCAUACAAGCCUGGGAAAAGAUCAUAAAGCUUUCAAAAAAUAUUAUUUAAAAAAAGCUGGUAUGUAAAGGCAAACAUUGCGGGCAGAGCAGAUUUUCCCAGUACUUUUACUGGUGGAAGGGGUGAAGUGUGCUUGGUUGGGUGUUUUGGCACCCAAAGAUGAAGCUGGGGGGUGAAUUUGGUGCUAAAAUCAGGUCCUGAUGCCCAGCAAUUUGCCAGCCCUGGGCAAACAGGUACUCAGGCCCCCCAGCAGCAAAGCCAGCCUCCAGCUGAGGCAGUGGAUUUCCCCUUGGGGCUUUUGUGGCCUGUUUUACUAAGAACAAAACUCCCCAGGAAGCACAAGCUGCUUUUACCUUCCCCUAAUUUUACUUUUUCCAAGCAAUUGUCAUAUGUAAAGGGGUGAGACCCCCCUGUGCCUUCUCCCUGUAUUGCUCCCACCUGUGAAGACCCAGCUGUAGUUUCAUCUUCCCAGGCAGGAGGGGCUUGUUAAUCUGGAAAUACGGAUGCAGGAUGAGAGCCAGCUGGGAUGGGGGGUUGCUUCCCUUUUUGGAGCCUUGAGAAAGGGGGGGCACAAUUAUCCAUGUUUUACAAAGGAGAAGUGGUGCAGGGGGAGGUGCUUUCCUAGGGGACCACCUCACCUGCCCCAUCCCUCUGCUGUCAAAUGGAGACGAUUUUCUUUUUCUAGUGUCCUGUCCUGUUGCUUUUAGUGUGGUUUAAUUGUCCUUAACUGCCUUUUAAUUGCCCUUCCUGCCCUUUUUAAUUAAUUGCUCUCCUGCCCUCUUAACUUCAGAAGGCUGUGACAGGGAGGGGAAGAGCCUGGCUCUUGUGGGACCAUCUUUAGUCCCAUUUCUCCUCAUUCUCAAUCCAUUUUUGCCCCCAAGCCCAGUGUUCUUGGCUGGCUGAGGCUGUGGCCCUGCUGGCUGUUUGGCAGGUGUCAGGUUUGUUAGUGACACUUCCCUGGGCAGGGAGGGGGUGAGGUGGCUGCCCUCCCUUGGCAGGUGAUUAAUCCCUGGAGGCUCUGAUGGGCAGGCUCUGAUUGAGAGACUGUUUGCAUCCCCCAGCCCUGGUGCACCUUUCCCCUUGGCUGGCAUUCAACACAGAGACGUGGCUGGUCAGAGCCAGGAGGAGCUCAGGUACUGGGGACAAAGCCAAGCCCAGCUCUGAGCCUGGCUUAGAGCAGGAUUCACCCUGGGAGCAAAGCCUCCCCUGUACCCCAAAGGUUCUCCCUCUGGGAGUGAGAGGUUUCAGAGGAGCACAAAAGUGUCCCUGCUUCCCUGGGCAGUGUUUGUGUGGGCACUAAGCUCCAGCACCUCCUUUCCCCAGGCUGGGAUGGGUGAAUCCAAGGCGUUGGAGGUUCCCCAAGUGACCAGCCACGAUGAGAGCUCUGGCCCCCGCCUGAUCCCUUUCCUGCUGAUAAAAAUGAUCAACAAGUCUCGAGGGAAGAUACUCGGGGUGCUGGCGCUGUUUCUGGUGAUGGUUUGGUACUCGAUCUACCGGGAAGACAGGUACACACAGCUCUUUUAUUUCCCUGUGCAAGAAAACAACAAGACAACGUGUCCCCUUGGGGAGGUGGAAAAGAAAGCGGCGCAGCUCAUUGGGAACUACACAAGGGACCACCCACUGUUCUUGCAGCUGAAGGACUAUUUUUGGGUGAAGACGCCGUCGCUCUACGAGCUGCCCUACGGCACCAAGGGAAGUGAAGACGUCCUGCUGCGCCUGCUGUCCAUCACCCACUACUCCCUGCCCGAGAGCAUCCAGAGCCUCAAGUGCAGGAGGUGUGCUGUGGUGGGCAACGGCCACCGGCUCCGCAACAGCUCCAUGGGGGACACCAUCAACACCUACGACGUCGUGAUCAGGCUGAACAACGCCCCGGUCCAUGGUUAUGAGCAGGACGUGGGCUCCAAGACCACCAUGCGCCUCUUCUACCCAGAGUCAGCCCACUUUGACCCCCGGACCGAGAACAACCCCGACACGCUGCUGGUGCUUGUGCCCUUCAAGCCCAUGGACUUCCAGUGGAUGGAGGCCAUCCUUAACGACAAGAAGAGGGUUCGGAAAGGGUUUUGGAAACAGCCCCCAUUGAUCUGGGACGCCAACCCAGAGCAAGUGCGCGUCCUCAAUCCCUACUACAUGGAAGUAACUGCUGCUAAACUGCUCAACCUCCCCAUGAAGCAACCACGGAAGGUCAAACAGAAGCCCACCACAGGGCUGCUGGCCAUCACCUUGGCACUGCACUUCUGUGACCUGGUGCACAUUGCGGGCUUUGGCUACCCCGAUUCGGCCAACAAGAAGCAAACCAUCCACUACUACGAACAGAUCACACUCAAAUCCAUGGCCGCGUCAGAGCACAACGUGUCACACGAGGCCGUGGCCAUCAAGCGGAUGCUGGAGCUGGGACUCGUCAGGAACCUCACCUACUUCUGAGGGUGGCAGGGCUGCGCAGGGACACCGUCCCCCUCAGUGAGGGGACACCGUCCCCCUCCGCGAGGGGACACCGUCCCCCUCAGUGACACCAUCUCGCGCAGUGAGGGGACACUGUGCUGGCAGGGCCGGAGUGACCGAGGGCAGAGCAUCAUUGUCACCGCUGCCACCGCGGCCUGGGACUCCUGGAGCAGGGCUGGGGCCGCACUGGACCGCGGGUGCCCAGCGUGGGGCAGCUCUCGGGGUGCAGGGAGCCCGGCGGGGCCGUGGCCCAGCGCCUUUUCUACUGACGCACUGAAGCUACCGAGGACUUGGAGGGGGUUUUUGGGGUAGGGGGAUCCUCCCUCCCAGCGGGCCUGAGGGGGUGAGCCAGGGCAGGAGCCGUGCCCUGGACAUUCUCUUUCCCUUAAUUCCCUCAUACACUGACGAGGGCCCUGCUGAGGGGCUGAUUUUGGGGUCCUGGCCCCUCCCCACCCAGGGAAUGGGAGCCUUUGGAGGCUGUUGUUGCCUCCUCCCUGCCCUGGACCUCCCCCCAAAUAUUUAAUUCCUUCCCUUUUUUUUUAAUUUCCUUUUUUACUUGGCAGCCCUGUCCUGUGCCUUAGUGCUGGCGUAGGGACUCCUCCCCACAGCCCCCCUGGGUGGGGGCACCCUGGGGGGCUUGGCUUCGGGGUCUGCCAGGGCCCUUUGGUGGUGCAGAUUAAUUUAAUUAAUUUAAAUGCUUAUUUAUGGUGGAGCCUUCACCCAGGGCCUGCAUGCUACUGGUGUCAGGGACGAGGGGCCUUGGGUGGGCUGGUGUGUGCUUGGCUCCAGGGGUGGCCAUUUGGGAUGUCCCCCCACCAUGGAGGGGUUGACCUGGUGCCUUCUCCCUGCUGGUGUAGGGUCCCCUCUGCCCCCGUGGGGCUGCAGGUGUUGAGGGGACCCAUGGAUGGGGGUGUUGGGGCUCAUGCUGGCACCCAAUAAAGUCCUGGUGAGGCUGGGA